CUUCUCCCACCGGAUUCACGUGCCAUUACUUGACCUCCCACAAUGACGGCUCCUCAUUUUACAGAAUCAACAACAACAUACUGGCAAAAAUUCGAGUCAGAAGACAAUGCAACCCCUGCACCCUGGAAAUACGGCUACCCCGCCCCCUUACCUGAUUCCCGCAUCCUUGUGCUACCGAUCCGCCAGAUUGCAGGCAAUCCUUCGGAAGCAGUCGCUUCUUUGAUCAUCAAUCAGGCUUCAAUAUACGUUCACGAUGAGUUGAGCAGAAUGCUGGCUGAGGCAGUGAGAGAGUCCGAGCCGGAUGUCAUCAUUGGGUUACCGACGCUGGGCUUGACACUCGCGAAGACUGUCGCCCAGAGAUUAGGAAAGGAUCGAUACAUCCCGCUAGGCUACUCUCAGAAAUUCUGGUACACCGACACGCUCUCCACGGAAGUCUCGUCCAUCACUUCACCAUCUGGUCUCAAGAAGCUGUAUCUCGAUCCAAAUCAACUGUCUUUGGCCAAAGGAAAGAGAGCUAUUAUCAUCGAUGAUGCAGUGAGCUCGGGGAAGACGUUACAGGCAAGUUGGGAUUUUCUUGAGAGUGAGGAAGUAGGGUGUCAGCUCCUGGCAGCGGGUGUUGUGAUGAAGCAGGGUGAGAGGUGGAGAGCGUUGUUGGGCGAGAGGCAGGAGAAGGUUAGGUGGGUAUUUGAGUGUCCGUUGCUACGGGCUGUUGAAGGAGGUUGGGGUGCUAGGGAAUAGAGGAGGUCUCAAUCUGGGACAAAGGGUGGCUUCAGUCUAUGGCCAUCGAAUAGAGAUGCUUCCGAAAGAUCACGUGAUACCACUCUAGACAGAGACAGAAGCAGGCUUGGAAACCACAAGCUUUCAAACCGAACAAUAUACGUGAGAUGGCCUAUGAGAAAGCUUUUCACUUUUAAGGGAAAAUCUAAUUAGUAGCAAACCAGGCAAGGC